CGGCGCACGGACACAGCCUCACUGAAGACUCGCCGAAGUUUACAAUAGGAAACAAUACGGUCCUCUCGGUUCUUCUGAGGCCACAAUGGGUGGGUGUUUGUCGGCUGCAGAGAGGAGCCGCACAGCCUAGGCAUUUCUGUGUUUUUUUUUUUUUUUUUUUGUUUCUUUUCUCGGUGCUGCUGAACUCACCAGAACCGUGCAUACGGUGAAGGGACACCAGUGACCGGAUGACAUUGUAACCAGGAGGGGGAAACAGCGCAGGGUUACAUAAAACUGGGUUGGCUUUGCGUUGGUAUUUAAAGAGCACCCCGUCGCGGUACUCCCCCCCCCCCAUCCGUAGGUACGGGUGGCCAUGAAGAGCGCACCGCCUGGUUUCUUUCCUCCAUCCACCUCCAGCCCGCACGGAACAACGUGUGCUUUCUGAACCAUAACCUGAUCCAGGCCGGUUUUGUCCGCGUGGUGCUCGUACAGCGUGACGUCCGAGCUUCUCCCCGACCGACAUCAUCAUCAUCAUGAGGACCACCGAGGAGACGGAGGGCUUUGACGGCGAGGCCUCCAACACUUCCAUGAUCUCCGGGGCCAGCAGUCCGUAUCAGCCCACCACCGAGCCCGUGCAUUCGCGGAACGUGUUGGGGGGGAUAAGGUGCGACACGGAGUACCUGAAGUCGUACUUUGGGAUUUUAAAGAUGGUUGAAGUGGUCCUAGCACUCAUCGGAUUCAUCUGCAUAGAGACUAUCAUGAUGUGUUCUCCCUGUGGAGGAGUCUACUUCUUUGAGUUCGUCAGCUGCAGUGCUGUCGUGGUGACGGGAGUCCUCCUCCUCAUCUUCAGCCUCAACCUGCACACCAAGGUGCCCCACGUCAACUGGAGCCUCACGGACCUGGUCAACACGGCUGCCAGCACCUUCUUUUUCUUCUUGUCGUCUCUUGUGUUGGCCUGCAUCAACCAUAACACUGGAGCUGAAAUAGCAGCAGUGAUCUUUGGCUUCCUGGUCACAGGUGUGUAUGGAAUAAACACCUUCCUGGCGGUACGGAGGUGGCGCCGUGGCAACGGGUGUCAGGGGGCAGCUCAGACCAGCGAGUACAUGCGAGCACGCACAGCAUCUCGUGGAGAAAUGGAGGCAAGACCUGAGCUUGCGUGAGUGCUGCCGGACAAUCAGACUAAAUGAGAGCCACACUAACGGCUGCUGCCUGAGUAUCUCAUUCAGGUCUUGAGUGGAGGGGCCAUCUCAAGCUCACCACAUGCUCGUGACUUCUCCUGACAACACUUCAGCUGUGCCGAGCCACUGAAUGAAUCUUCAUGUCAAAGCCACAGUUGAGCUCCGAGGCUUUGUUUAUCAGGCUCCCUGUGUUCAGUGACACAUAAAGACUCUAAGGGGAAGAGCUCCAGACAGAAUUGAAGGUGUUCUCUGUAAAAACAUUUCAUCCGCAUAUCUUUCAAAGACAGUAUGAAGAAUAACUUCCAGGAGGAGCCAAAAGAGGAAAAAAAAGGCUGACUUCACUCCAACUGUGCACUAACUCCUGUUCUGGCGUCGGUGUUGACUUUUCAGAAGGUUUUGUGUUUCACUGUGAAAGAAGUCGAGUUAAAGAAGGUCAACUUUUGUACAGUUUGCUUAUUUCACGCCGCUGGCCGUGAAGCCUGUGGUUAUAAAUGUGACCGUGGGUCCAGGAAACCACUGGACCAGAAACAUCCAGUUAACCUGCAGCACAACAGAAGCACCAUAACAUUACUGUUCUUUCUUAGAUACUGACAUCAGCCUUUGGUUUCUACCUCUGAACAAGGCUGUCGAUAUUUCAAUCUAAAGAUUACACAUGUUUGUUUCUGCUUUGUCUUGACUAACUUUACAAAUGCCUUUAACAUGUGACCUUUAGCCGCUAGUAAGAUCUCUCCUGCCAUUAGUUAUACAGUAACAGUACAAGGUCAUUCUUAACUGCAAUAAAUUACAGGCAGCACAACACAAGUUUAACAUUUUUGAACUGAGUGAAAGAGAUUUACUUCUUUGCAACACAAUUGCUUCCACUGCAUUUGACACAUUUAUGCUUGUUAACUAUCCCAAAAAAUAUUCAUACUGGCAUUUCAAAAAUGUUAACUUCAAGGUCUGUGUUAGAGCAAUACUGUGAGCUAGGAGUGAUGAAGUUAUUGGUAGCUUGUUAUUUUUGCACAAAUCCAAGGCAUCAGGUAACAGAAAUGCUGACGGUGCAUUAGUGAGAUUAAUUUUGAAAUCAGUAGGUGACCUGGUCAAGACUAAUUCCCUUAGCCUAAUAGACUGUUUCUCAGGUAUUGAAACUCCUUCCGUCUUUGAAACUUAAAAAGAGAUUUGAAAUGAAAUCACAGGGUGCCUCGGACUGAACGCUGUAAUUCUUAAUGCCUUCCUAAUUAUUAGACAUGAUAGGACUAUCAUAGAUGAAUAAAAAUUACUGUAACUGAUACCUUCAUUAAGUGAAAAUCUAUUGAAAAAGAAAGAGUCAAUUGAAUGUAGAGAUGUCGGGAUGAAAAUGUGGUACUUUCAGCAUUAUUGUCACAGCUUUUUAUUAAAAUGUGUGCAUAUGUAUCUACAGUAUAUUAUCACACUUCAUGCAUUAUGAAAUUACUAUCAUUCCACAUUGCAGCUGUUAUAAAGCUCGUACAUACAGAGCACAAAAUAAGUUUUGAAAUGUUUUUCUGUUUUCAGGCCAGUGUACCUGACGUACAGGAUGCUUAAUCUUGAAAAAUCACAUAUUUGUUUUAUACGAAGAAGGAAGAUAUUUCAACUGAUUUUUUUGGUGUCUGAUAUUGUUUGAAUGCAGUGAUUUUACUCUACAGUUACACAUGUGUGCGUUAUCUUUGUUGUCUAGGACUUCAUAUGUAAUCAGGCUGUGCUGGGUCUGAAUCUACUCUUUGGCGCCACCCCCUGGUCGUCAUCUAAAAUGUAUUCCUUGUGACCUCAGAGGACUGUUACAGUACAGCCAGAUAACUGCAGUAGUGUGUGCACAAGAGAAAGACCAGAAAUGUGUUUGCCUGUGGGCUGAAAUGAAAAUAAAAAACAUAUGGCUUCUUAAACAGCCGCAGAAGUUUCCACAUUAUACAGAAAGUUCGAUUAAUAAGGCUUUUCUUGUGUUUUUAGUAACUUGUAUCAUGUACAACUGCUAAUUGUCCUGGUGUGGUAACCAAACUACUUUUAUAAAUAGACAAUCACAUCUGUUCUGUUUUUCUCUUUAAUGGAUGGAUUUGUGUCUGAGUCAAUAUAAUAUAUAUUGACCAUCAUAUCUGUCAAAAACUAUCAAGCUGCAGAGCUUUAUAUACAUAUUUUUGCUGCAGUGUGUUAUGGUCUAUUUCUUUUAUAGGAAUAGAAGAAAUGCUUUCCACUAGUUUCUAGAUCGUGCUUUAAGCAGUGAACAUGCUCAGUCUGAUUGUUUGAAUGAAAUUAGAGGUGAGAUGAUCUUUUGUUUCCUUUUAAUUCUGUGUGCUUUGAUUACAACAGUAUGUCAUGUACAGCAUGGAGCCGUACUAAGCUGUGGUUUUUGUAUUCAAAACAUUUACAAAAAUUAGUUUAUAGUGACAAUUUAAAUAAAGUAAUUUGGACAUUAUUGAACAUAGCUCACUUUUUUAUUCAAAAAUGUUUUUUAUUACAAAAUUAACAGUUAAAAAAAACACACUUUUAUUUCAACAACAAUAGUUCAGCAAGGGACCUCCUUUAUAAAAUGUUGCUGUGUUCAUCUUGUUUGGAAGAUUGUGUAUGCACGGCAAAAGGGGUAUGGUUGAGUUUUGUUGCUGUCCAGUGAAAACCACACAUUUAAUGAUAAAUUGAAAUAUUUUAGUCUCAGUUUAAUAAUAACUUUUGCAUAUUUCGGCCUGGGCACUAUACAAACACAAUCUUAAUAUGAAGGAAGCCACAGAAGUAACAAACUCUCCCAUAAAAGGCAAACAAUGUAUAAUCAUUGAAUGUAAUUGUAACCUUGGAAGUAUUUUCUUUAUCAUUAAUAUGCCAAUUUCUCCUGAAAAUUCCACAUGGAAGUUACAGGCCACCGAUUCAUCCAUUCUCAAUUUACAGUGCUGUUGUAACACUCAUGCAGUGCAGUGUAUAUUACAUAAACAGUCGCUGUGGCUAGUGCGCGUAAUUCUUCAGUAGUGGCUGUGGAAGAAAUGAAGAAUCAAAGAUACACUCAAUACAAAAAAUAAUUCACAUAUAGGAUAUCAAGCAUUUAAAAAUAUAAUAAUGCAUUAAGUGGCUUCAAUGCACUGUUAUUCACACACACACACACACACACACACACACACACACACACACACACACACACACACACACACACACACACACACACAGAGUGUAAGAAGCAUAUACAGCAGACAAACUGAAACAAAAGAGAAGAGAGUCACUCAAACCUUGGGUUAGUUGAACAGAU